AUGAGCUAUAAAGAUGAUAAAAGGGACUCUGAAGAGCGCGACCAUGAACGUGAUCGAGAACGGGACCGCGAUCGGGAACGCGACCACGACCGGGAUCACGACCGAGACCAUGAUCGGGACCAUGACAGGGAUCAUGACAGGGACCAUGACAGGGACCAUGACAGGGACCAUGAUCGAGACCACGAUCGGGACCGCGACCGGGACCGCGACCGGGACCAUGACCGGGACCGCGAUCGGGACCACGACAGGGAUCACAAGAACGAUGGAACAACCCUGUACGUGUCAAACUUAAGCUCAAAAAUAACGACGUCCAGGCUGCAAGACAUUUUUGAAGAGUACGGGACGAUAGAAAAGUGCUACGUCAUCAGCAACCCGAUCACCAGAGAAUCCCGCAACUUCGGAUUUGUCACGUUCAACAAUCCCGAUGACGCGAAUAAUGCCAUGAUCAAGGCCAACAAAAUGGACAUUGAAGGGCGUAUCAUCAACGUAGAAAUAGCCAAGCGAAACGAGCCGCACGAUCCAACCCCGGGAGAGUACAAGGGAAUUCAAAAUAUGAUCAAAAGAAACGGAAUGAGGUACGAUUUUUAUGGCAGAAGAUACGACAGAGCAUUUGACAGGAGAAGAUACGACACAAGAAGACCCUACCCAUACUACCGAGACCACGUCCAAAGUUUCGGCUACCAUCGCAACAACUCGUAUAGACACUACGACAGAUACGGAAGGAAUGCAUAUGAUGACCAUCGACAUUACGAUCGAAGGUCCAUAGACGAUAAGUACUACAAGAGAAACGAUUAUUACAAAAGAAACGCCAGGAGCAGUGACGAUGAAAGGGAUUACUCCAGGGAUGACAGUAGAAGAAAGAAACGAUAUGAACGAAGCAGAAAGUCGUCCAGUAUUUCGAAUAGCGAGAGGAGACACUACAGGAAUAAUUCCUCGAUCGAAAGAAGCCCGCACCACAGAAGGAAGUGAAAUGAGAACAGGCACAAAUUGUGGACCGCAUGCCAAAAUAUUUGUACACUAAAAGCAAACACCCAGAUUAUGUUUCCCGAAUUAAGAGGAGAGGGUUUCAUAUUUUUGUAUAUUUUAAUCCCAUGACAAUUUUUUUUUUUUUCCAAAACGAAUAAAUCAAUAUGUUUGAAUGUUCAUAAAAAUUCAAAUUUUUAAAUUUUUAAAUUUAAGUACGCACAAAC